AUGAGUUCUGCUACAGCACGGGAGAGAUCCCUGAUCGUCAAAAGUCGAGAACCUAAACCUCGCUCUAAGACCAAGAGGAAGUUCAAGAUGCUGAAAUUUAUCAGCUCUGUCCUCUGGAAGCAGGCUUCAUUACAGAUAGCAAAUGCUCGCCAGCAUACAGUGUGGCUGUUUGAUAAUACAGCCUAUCAGCGUGUCACUCCCAAAGCCCUUGGGCAAGGGCGUCCGGCAUGGCGUGUUGAAGUUGUCGCCUGCGUGUUUGAAAAGGACAGCCGGAAAGAUAUCAGCAAGUUUGUCGCAACGAUAGCGGAUCUCAUUGGUCUCGACGGGGAGAUAGGCAGUGAUCGAGAGACCCGUCAUCAAAUAACCCGUCGACUGCGGCCAUUCUUGUACCACACAGCACCUGCACAUACAAUGGUCAUCGAGAUCCCGCUGUCAGACGACUCCAUACAGCUCCAUCAGAUUGGUCCCACGGACAGCAACGGUAUUUGCAGCCAGACCGUGAAUUUGGGUUCGCUCCAUCUUGCAGACGGCACCAGGACACGGUCGUACCUUCGGGGCUGGGAGGGCGAAGUGUCCAUGGACACGCUCUUCGCUGGUCCGGAAGGUUGGCUUCUGAUUUCCGACAUAGAUGACACUAUCAAAUAUACAAUGACUUCCGAACCCACUGGGAUCUUACGGACUACUUUUGUCGAGACAGCGCGUCCCAUCAGAGGAAUGCCUCAAUUCUACUUCCACACACAAAGACAACUAGUACCAACAUGGUUCUAUCUAUCAGCAUCACCAUACAAUCUAUAUCCUUUUCUCCGCGAGUUCAUCCACACCUGGUUCAAUCCAGGCACACUGAUGCUUCGGGAGUCUUCCUGGAUGGAUGUCGGCUCGUUGAUUCGAUCCUUUACUACAUACACCAUGGAGUAUAAAGUGAACAACAUGGAGAAGUUGUACCAAUCUUUUCCGAAGAGACAAGUACUCUGCAUUGGUGACUCUACGCAGACAGAUCCAGAGGCUUAUGCAGAAAUCUACAGACGGCACCCGACCUGGGUGAAGGCGAUUCUGAUCCGCAAGGUCACAGAUGUCCCACACUUGGAAGGGAAGAAUUCUCCAGAACGAUUCAGGACUGCUUUCAAAGGGGUUCCGGAAAGUGUAUGGACAGUAUUUGAAGAGCCCGAAGAAGUGUAUCAUGUUGUGGACCGACUUUCUCAGUCGAUCCUAUAG